AUGGCAACUUCCCUGUACAAGUAUCAAUCAGCUGAAAAAAAAGUUACAUCGCAGAAUUGUGAUAUCGAAACAAAUAAGACGGAUGAAUUGAACUGGUAAGCAACUACAGUUUCUAUGUAAUACUCCCUGAUGUCGCAAUCUUAGGACGUGGAGCUGUUCGACUGAGACUGCCGACAAUUGUGGAACAUGCGUGUAUUCGUCUUGGGUUUUCGACUGGAAUACUAUUAGAAAUCAGGGAGUAAACGGGUUCAGAGGGCAUAUCAUCGUUUCGUACAAAUACAAGACCUGGACGUGGGUUCCGAUUCGAUACGAUGUGAAAUUGAGGCGAUCGGGACAGUGCAUUAAGCGAUUGUUGAAAUUGCUCCCAUUUGAUUUCUAUCAGUGCGAUAAUUCUUUCAAGUUCGAAUUCGAACUCGUACCGAUUCGAGCUGAACCCAGUGCCAUUAUUGAGAGCAUUUUGACGGCCAACUUCGAGCCGUCCAAUCUGAAUGACGCAAUUCUGGUGGUCGAAGAGAAGAAAAUGCAUGUGAACAAAACGGUGAGCGUAACGCAAUAAGAGGAAUGUGUUCAAACUUUUGCAGUUUCUCUCCUAUCACUCCGACUACUUCUGUGCUCUCUUUUCAUCGAAAUUCAAGGAAGAAUCGAUGGAAGAGAUUCCGAUGAAAGACGUGAAGUACGACGAUUUCGCCCGGCUUCUCAGUGCCGUCUACCCGAAUUCAGUGCUUCCCACAAGUAUUUUACAGACUUGCCAAAUCCCGGGCCAAAUCGUCGGCCCGGCCCGGCCCGGAAGUUAGACCUCAAAAAAAUAUGCAAAAAAAAUAUGAAGGAAGAGGAAAACGCGUGCGGCAAAAUUGCUAAAAUGGCGUGCCAGGGUUGCAAUCAAUCGCUCCGCCCACUCUUGAGAAAAUUUUCGUAAUUUUUGUGAAAAUUUUGCGACUUUAAACAGCAAUUUCUAUUUUUAACAGGUUUUUAUGCUAUAACAUUGCCUUUUUAAGUCUAUAAAAUUUUAAAUCUAUAAAAUUAUGUUCGUUUCGAAGUUCUAGUUCGCUUUGAAUUUUUAGGUGCAUCCUCCCGGGCCGGGCCGGGCCGGGCCGGAAAAUUUCCAAUUUUGGCCCGGCCCGGCCCGGCCCGUUGCAAGUCUGGUAUUUUACUGCUUUUUUAAACUGACAACAACGGCGAUCUAAAGUGGAAAAAAAAGGGCGUGGCAUUCGCUGAGACGCGUUUUCAGAAAACUUCCGCGAUUCUUCGAGGAGUUUUUUUUGCGUAUUCCGGCCGAACCUUUUUUGUUUUUCCAAGAAAUCAAGUGGAAUGAAUCAGUAUUCAUCCGACGGCACGCAUCUGAAGUCGUCCUCGGAACAGCACAAGAGCGCGCGGGCGGCGGCGGACGGCGGCGCGCUCUCCACUCCUUUGCUGUUUUGAAACUUCAGAUGCGUGCCGCCGGACAAAUAUUGAUUCAUUUCACUUUAUUUUUUUUGGGAAUGAGUUCAUUGUGAUGUAAACUAACAAAAAGGCACAAAAAGCACGCAGUCCCGCGAGACCCCGAAAGAAAAAUCACCGUGCAAACAUUCAUAUUUCCAGUCGAGAGCGUUCCGAUGCUUCUGGAGCUCGCCGAUCGUUUCCUGAUGCGAGCCGUGAUCCGUCUUUGCGAACCGCUGAUAAUUGAAGAAGAUGAAUAUUACAAUCUGAACCAGAAAAUUGCAAUGGCCGACAGAUAUAAUCUGGAGAUGCUCAUGAAGCACUGCUUUCUAGAUUUGCUUCAGUCUGCGGCCGAUGUGAAGAAACUGAGCACUGCUUCCGAGUACAGCGAGCUCUCGGAUAAAACAAAGUUGAACAUUCUCGAGCAUCUUCUCACUCUCAUUUAA